AUGACUAGAAAAGGAACACGAUUCUUGGCAUGCUUUCCCAUAGCCUUCAAGUUCUUCCCAGAGCUUUUGAGAUUCACAAGCGACUUACAUCUUUCCUCCUCCACCCUCAAAUCUUGGUCACCGCAUAAGAUAUGUGCCUUCUCGAAAUCAGAUAUUGCAUCACGUGCAAAACGUGCGCUUCGUGCCUCCGAAUCCGGCCUUAAAAGUAUUCGUACCGGAAGUCAAACAGAUACCGGUAUGCUGUUCCAAAUGCACCAGUCUCCCAACGAAAAAUCGAAUGCCAACGAACGAAGAUCCAUUCAUGAGACGAUGAUACUGGCGAUUAUGGUUCCAGUUGCAAAGAAUGGACAGGAAGGGAUCACAAAAUCAUAUCGUAGAUCAUAA